UUGUGUCUUCGGAAAUGAUUGAUCAAGUUAUUACUCUGCUGUUUGAUUCAUAAGAUAUGAAUGGUCUUCCUUAACUUUGUGAAAUUCUUCUAAAUCGCACAGAAAAUGGUAAAAAAAACAACAACAACUUAUUGGUACAUAUUGUAACAGCUGGAAGUUUAAGGAAAAGAGAUGAAACGUGUUAUAAGCUAAGCUUUUAGAAGAAACUCAAAGAGAAAUCCACUCUUCUGAAAGCUCAGUGGCGAGAUCUUGUGUCCCAUAAACUCGUCUCCCUUUCAAACCCACUGUAAACAUUGAUCGUAUGCUCUGUAUGUUCGUUGACUCUCCUCACUGUUGGCCUCUUUUUUAAUAUUGACACAGUCAAACUGAUGUCCAGGAAGCCUCAGAACAACUCAUCUGAUAUUAAACUCCCAUUAUUUUAUUGAAGGAACCGAAGGAACGUCACUUUUUUGUCCUUGCUGGGAAAAUGAAGUGAAAACUAAAGUAUCGCUUCUUGCCGUGUGAGAGAGUGGAACCUUAGAAGCUAAGAAAGAGGUUAUGAGUAAUGUUUUUCAGAACAGGAGUUAUAAUCACGACCAGCAUUUUUCUUUCUUCUCUGAAAGAGGUCAUGGUUUUCCCCUUAUGUCAAAAUCGCUUCCACAGAAAAAACAAGACAAUGGGAUGUUCUCGUGACUCUUUAAAAACACAUGAUGUAACAGGGUUUUUAAAAAAUGAUGUUUGGUUUCAAACUCACUCAUGGACGUUUGAAAGCGCUGUACAGAUUUUCUUUUACAGAAAACAGGCAGAUUGAAAGUUCCCAUUGUUUAAAAUACUGACAUACUUAAAUAGAAGUACCUAGCACUUAUGUAUUAUGCCUUAGUAAUAUUGAAUAAUAACUUCUGCAUUAAGGAUUUAUACUUUAAAACUGUACUGCAUAAUAUUUUCUUUUUUUUCUAAGUACAGUGGUGUUUAAACCCGGUGACAUCCCUGCGCUGCACACAGGAAGUCUUGUUUUAUGUCCAUUCAACUCAAUGGAGGUCUAGGGAGGGAAAUGAGCCUAUUUCUCACAUGAUUCACAACAUCUGUUAACCUUUUCCCCAAGAGGUUAAUGGUCUGGAUCACUAGUUUUGGGUGUCCUUCAAUAGAACAUGAGAUUAGCAGCUCCUACCGUGACUGGUUUCUCGUUCAUGUUGUGCCAAAUCGCUGCCUCGGUGAAGACUCACAGAGGCAGCACUGCACUGUUAAAGUAGACUGGGUUGGCAUAUGAUUUUAAACGCAAAGAUAAAAGCUUUGGAGAAAUAAAACCCUGUUCUUUCAGCAGAUUUGUCCGCCUCCGGCGCUGCAUUGCUGGUGUUACCACAAACGCCUGUCCCAGCCACACUAAAGGAUUUUCAAUUGUGACUCGAUUUUCAAAACGUGGGAGACCACAGACACAACAAACUCUCUCACAGAUCUUUUUAAUCCUGAGGAGAGCACAGACUAGACGAUCCAGUCAAGUCAAGAGGCAGGACCAGAUUCCAGGAAUCUGGGAUCUCACAGAAACUUGCGCGAUUCAAUGUGACUUCAGAAUAUAAACAGACGGUCAGCGACGUCCAGUUCAUAGCUCUUGUGUGUGCGAUGUUUUUGUGCUGAGAAACACAAAAAAAAAACUGGAUGAAGUCAUGAAGAAGAAUCAGCUUGGCUUGUAAAAGUUACGGUUCUAAACAAAAGUACGCAACAUCCGCUUCCCACUCGACACGCUCACAUUGCAUAUUACGGGGUUCUUGCUCAAGCUCCCAAUCGCUGUUCACUCAUAAAUAUCAAACAUGUUUAACACUUAGGAUUUGAAAUUAGGUAGAUGCUGAUGAUGUUAACAUCACAUCUGUUAAUCCCUGUUAAUUUGGCCAGAUAAUUUGUUCAAAACGGCCUAAAAUCAGAACCACCCACGAUUGUCGGAAGGGCCAGAUCGGGACUGAAAUCUGGCCGAUUAUCAAGUCGCGUCUGAUAGUACUGCUUGUCGAAGGCUGUAGGACGCAGCAUACAACUAAUAUAAUGUCAUUUCUGUUCACAAAUACAGAAUAAUAACAUCGACGACAACAAAUUUUACAUGCUGCAGCUUUAAAUACACGUUAGUGCCACUUCUCGAGUCAAAAUUUGAAUGUCUGAAACACUUUUUUUGGUCCUAAAGAAGAGCAUGAACACACAGUUGCAGAUCUAUCACAUCUAAACUCUGUAGUUUUACUGUAUGUUGUGAAAACAGGGAAACCGAACGAGCCUCAGCUGAUGCUCAUAGACCACACGCGUGACAUAUUCCUGUACUGUGUUUUUUGGGGAAGCGAAGAAGUCUAAGUCUGGCUUCUUUGAAAAACCACACAUCUUCAACACUUGGCCAGUGUUCACAGAUGCUGCUGAUUGGCCGACGACCAGCCAUGAGGACCGCGGCGGUCGCUGUUGUCAUGGUGAUGUGCGUGAUGAUGGUGCGGGCCGAUGUGAAGCCCCAGAGAGAUUUCAACUCGCAGAGGUUUACAGGCAGAUGGUACCGUGUGGGUCUGGCCUACGAUUCUCCAGGUUUUGUCCCCUACAGAGACAAAGUGAGGGUCUCCAUGGGCUCCAUCUCACUGCUGCCAAACGGCAGCUUUACCCUCACCAUGUGGGACGCCACACCACUAAGCUGUGUGGCUAAGACGUACCAGUAUGAGAAGACCAGUGUUCCUGGACAGUUCACCUACUUCAGCACACGCCAUAACAUGGUGAAGGACAUCACCGUAGUGGACACAAACUACAGUGAAUACGCUUUGGUUCUCAAACACAAGGUUUUCAACAGAGAAUACACACAGGUGGCACUUUACGGUCGCUCUACAAGACUCAGGAUCGAUAUAUUAAACCGGUUUAAAGCCUUGGCCUUGUCUCAGGGUUUCUCCCGGGAAUCUAUCCUGACUCCGCCUCCAGCAGUAAACUGUCCACCCUCUGCAUCUGGACGUUAGACGUUCCUGAGAUGACAAUGAGUGGCUGUCUCUCUAUUUCAUCCAGUCCACUUCUUCUUCUUCUUCUUCUUCUUUUUCUACUUCUACUACAUUAUUUUAUGAAGUAACUGCAAAGAAAUUUCUUUCUGAAGAUCAAUAUUUUGUUUAAGAACAUAAUAUAUAGCAAAUGCAGCAACCUUUACUGAUGUUCUUUUGUGUGGGUGUUUUUUUUUAUUUGCAUCGUUCCACUGUGUUAACAAUAAUUA